CUGAAGCAGGGGCGAGCAGGGAGCGGGCGGGCGUGGGUGAUCCUGGCGCAGCAGCUGGCAGCUUUUCAGAACCGACAGGCCGUUUUCCAGGAGGCUGAGGUGUGUUUCUGCGCCAGAGCAGCUCGUUGCCUGUGGUUGUUAGGACUUCACAUUGAUCCCUGGUGUGCUGAGCCAACACGAUCGGCUCUUGACCGACAGACAGGUCACCCUGCACUGUCACCAUGGGCUUCUGGGCUACAUCUGCCGCUCUGCUCUGUCUGCUACUGGGGGCUGUGGCAGCCAGUCAGCUCCCGAAGACAGUGUUCUUGGACAAGCAGCAUGCCAGCUCGGUGAUCUCCCGUCAGAAGAGGGCCAAUGCGGGUGACGAGGAGAAGUUGAUGCCUGCCAACCUGGAGAGGGAAUGCCUGGAGGAGGUGUGCAGCUACGAGGAGGCCAGGGAGAUCUUCCAGGACUCCUACCGCACGGAUAUCUUCUGGUCCGUCUAUAUUGAUGGAGACCAGUGUGCGGAGAAGCCCUGCAAGAAUGGAGCCUUGUGUUCCGACAGCGUGGGAGGUUACGACUGUGUCUGCAAGUCAGGCUUCUCUGGGGUCCACUGUGAGACAGACCAGACCGUGUGUGUCCUGGAUAAGACCAAGGGUUGCUCCCAGUUCUGUAAGCCAGGCUACUUGUCCUACGAGUGUUCCUGCGCCCGGGGCUGGAAGCUCGAUACCAGGGACAAGAAUAAAUGUGUGCCUGCAGACCCGUCCCCCUGUGGGAAGGUAAACAGCCUGAGUCAGUGGGAGAACAGACAGUCCGAAAACGCCCGCAGCAACUUUGAGGGACUCGUCUGUGGUUCCAUGGAGUGUCCCUGGCAGGCUAUCCUGAAGAGUGCUGGGUCAGCAGGAUUCUGUAGCGGAGUCAUACUGAAGGAGAACCUGGUGCUGACCUCAGCUCAGUGUGCCCACAAAUACGACUCCUUCCAGGUGGCUGUUGGAAAACGUCAGACCACCUAUGAAAAUGGAGAGCAGACGCUGAAUGCGAAAGUCUCUCACAUCCACCCGCGCUACGUGGCAGGUCGCCCCGAGAAUGACCUGGCUGUGGUUGAGCUCCACGAACGCAUCGUCUUCAAGAAAACUGUCGUUGCUGCCUGCCUGCCUGAGCGUGACUUUGCUGAAAAAGUGCUGAUGACCGGAGAGUUCACCGCCGUGGUCACAGGCUGGAAAGACCCCACAGAGGGAGUGGAGGUCCAGGGCCCACUCAAAUUCAACAACCUGGCAUACAACCGCCUUUCUGAAUGUCUGGUCACACACCCUGGCCUGAUCACCAAUAAGAUGGGUUGCACCGCUGCCCGGACCAACGCCGACUGCACCAUGGGCUCCGGCAGCCCCCUGCUCACCCUCUACAGGGAUGUGUUCUUCCUGACCGGAGUUGUCAGUCAGCCACCAGGGGGCGACUGCAGAAAGGGCUACAUCUUCCAGAAGGUGUCACGCUUCCUGGGCUGGAUCCAGCCUCUGAUGGACUCGCGCUAAGAUUGGGAAUCAGGGAUGUGAAGGGAAGGAGGGAGAGAGGUACUAGAAAUCUAAUGAGAAGAGAGUGUUUAAGGACCAAUGAUAAGAGAUAGAAAUGGUAAUAAUAAAAUGCAACGGUGCAGGUAAAGGACUAUUAAAAACAGGGAAUCAGAUGGGCACUUGUAAGUCAGUCUUUUCAGUAGUAUUCAUCCUGUUGCCUUUGAAUAAUAUCCGUGUCCCACUUUACUACACUGUUAUAACAGCCUUCAUAUUUAGCAAGCGACGUUAUUUUUCUUUGUGAACUUCCUCGUCUGUCCAUGGGGUGGCUCUCUGUCAACAGAUAUAACACGACUGAGAUGCACUCUUGUACCUACCACAUUUAGCUCCAGGCCAAAAGCAGCUACAGAAGCAGUAAAUUAUGCAGCAUGCAUUUUGCUUUGUGAACACAGGCUUCCUUUUGGUACCUUUUUUUAAGUGCUGUUGUUUUUCCUGACUGUUGUGCCGGCUGACAAGCACUGACUCUGUUCAUCGCUAAUGUGAGAAUGUAAUAAACCCUAACACUAGACUGGA